UGCUUUUGCCAGCUGGCUGGUGGUUUCUGCAGGUUGGCACCAUUCCCUCGAUUCCUGCCACGUACCUCCCGACCCAGCCUCCCCCCGCGCUGCUGACGCCCAAGAGCCGCGACCCCCCGAACUCGAAUUUGAACGCUACUUCCGGGCUCACCCCACAGCAGCUUCCCCCUCACCUUGAUCCACGGCCCGUCCUUAUACCAAUCCUUAGUGCUAUAAUUUUUUUCCCCAUUAUUGCUUUCAUCAUUAUCUGCGCACUUCGCUACCGAGCCAUGCGACUCCGACGUAAGGAGCAUAGGAAACGUCUCCGCGGAGGGAUUCGUGGAGGGCGCGGCAUGCACGUGCCGAUCCCCGCGCUGGGCGAGCGCUCGUCGUACUUCUCGCAGAACUCGUCAUCGGGGGAGACCGCAAGCAGACAGCCCAUAGGCGUCCCUUCUUCGAACCGACACUCUUCGCAGAUGAGUCGGACUACGAGCAGUCUUCAGGUCCCCACCACAUCAUCUUACCAAGGAACCCAUCGGACCUCACGGUCAACCAGCUUGUCGAUCUUCGAGCCGUCGUUCAUGGAAGACUCCUCCGACGAGGAUAAAGACAAUGAGAAGGAUGGUGUAUUUGAAGAGGAGUCGUCUGAUCUACAUGAACAAGAUGAGCACCAGUUUCGACAGCAACAGCAGCAGCAGAUGGCAACGCCACAACAAUAUCAGUAUCAACAACUGCACCAGCAGCAAUCCCAAGGGCAGCACGGUGGAUCCGGGGGCCGGGAUAGGGAGCACAUGCAUACAUCAAGGACUUCGACUUCUUCGAGCACACUGACACCCACAGCUGUCACUUCAAGUAACUGCAACCUUCUAAGCAGCGGAGGUCAUGGCGCUUCGAACUACCAUAAUUACUGGGAGCAUCAGAACAAGGAGAACUCAGGAACUGAAAAUGUAGGAGGCUAUAUGUCUUAUCCAGAACCGCCUCGGAGAUCAUCUCGUCCAAGGACGCCUUCGUGGAGGAGCCAACAGCAACGAGCUCGCCGAAAGAAGAAAUUGGAACUAACCUCUAAUGCGAGCUGAAAGACGCCGCGAGAUUUAGAAUGACGUGUCACCGCUAUUUUAGCGUACGUUAUAGCACUACAGAAUGUGCAAUGCCCCGCAGAUGGAUGAGCCCAUACACCUGAUUCAAAACAAUGACAGGUAGAAAGAGUGCAAAAGAAGCGGUAUCAUGAUUCUUUGAUGAAGUGUGAAGUCGAAGGAAAAGCAAGACUACCAAAAUUGUACAGCCUGAAAAAUGGUUGAGAGCUGCGUCUAGGUUCUGUUGAGGAGAACAUGUAAACGUUCGCCCCCUUAUGAUAUAGGUGUUCAACAACGAGUUAAAUUAUGGCAACUGAUAAAACAGAAGAUCGACUACAGGGUCCAUUCGCUAACACGCUCAACCCUACCAAGAAGAUGACUAUUAUUAAGAAGACUCUAUAUCGCAUUGUACAGAUGGACACUGGAAAGCCGUAACCAAGUAGCAGGAACACCCUCUGGACAAAUCGUGCUCCUACUUCAGGCGUCUAUAAUGUGAAGACGUACGGGUCUUAGUCGCGCGGUCUGAUGUGAACACCUUACAUGAUCGCUCUUUGUACAAGUGGGACGACAUCAACGCGGCGAAGGUGCACCAGGCGUCAUCUCGAAAGGCAGAACUCCGGGUCCGCUUGAUAUCGACCCGCCCCACCGGGUACCUGUCAAUAUAUAUAUUAAUUAUAUGUGUGGCCCAGGACAAUGGCCACCAAGCCUGGGCGGUGUCAUGGUCCGGACGACUAUCACAUCGUUUUCGUGUAAUUAUUGAUAUUCGACAGCGGAGUAACUGACCAAAUACAAUCCAUAUGACGUUUACCCCGAUGACGAUGAUGAUCGAACACAUAAUGAAUUUAGUUAAUCCUCUUCUAUUUAGGACGCCAGCGAGCGUCUUUCUUUCGCGCUAGCGGAUAGCUCCACUCAGCUGAUGGAUUGCGAGACCGACAAAGCAAGUGGCAUGCCCCAAAAAAAUGAUAUUGCUCUUGCGUCUGAGAUCACUGCAAACAUACCGACUCUAUCUCUCGCUAAUGUAUCCCCUACAGUUCUAUUUGUGUUUUUAGCUACCGCCAAGUAACAAAUUAUUUCAGCCAACAAUAAUGUUUACUGUUUUUUUUGCGUCUCAACAAUUCUCUUCGCAUCAUUCUUUUUUUGGUUCAAAUUCCGUUAUAAAACGUAUGUUUCGGGCUCUUUUUUAGAUCGCAGGCCGAGUUCAGCUUUAGUCAGCCACGUGACUGUUAUCUAAACAAACGUCUAGCCUAUUCCAAUAUUCUAAGUCAAUUAUGAAAUGAAACUUUUUUCUUUCGAAUACAAAACCAUAUGGCUAUGUAGAUGUACAUGUAAUGAUUGCCAUAUGUUGAACUUUCGAUUUCAACUCACCUGGUUCAACUCGCACAUUCCAACCCCCCAAACAACUCGCUUCAAGCUUCCCUUAUGGCUGGGUCAAAUAGAACGGUAGAAAGUCUGCAUCACAGCAUCCUAAUUAAAAAUACUCUUUUCUGCAGCAGGCAGAUGUGCAGUAUUACGCAUAUAAAUAUACAGACAAAUAAAUAUGACGCCGCGCACUCAAUCAGAGGGUUAGGACAGAAUGCCCUGAUAAACAUGCUCGUCCUCCUAUUGCUUUACACGUAAACGCACUUUUGAUUGCAUGACUGCUUAAAAUGCUUACGCGCAGAGUACAAACUCAACAUUUGUCCGUUCGUUAAUACAAUUAUGCGUUUUGUGGAAUCGUUUGGUGAUGACCCAGCGCCAGUAGUGGUUCUCAUGCACUCACGAUAGGCGCACACAGGAAAACUCAUAGAUGCGUGGACAUACAGACAAAAUGAACGUCAUCAAAGGUAACGUUAUCUACGAAAUAGGUCGUGCAUAUCUUACCACUAUUUCUGCGACUGUGAACACCCCCAUUAACCUUUCGGAUGCAUGGCGGGAGGUAUUGUACACAAAUAUGGUACAGCCGCAGGCUAUCGUCACAACAUUGGAAUCACUUGGAGCUGACGGUACGAACGUAUGGUACGUUUGCUUUUAUUCAACUGAAUACAAUGGGUCCAAGACACUUGUCUAGUGUAUUCAAUAAGCACACCGUCUUUACUAUACAAACUAUGAAUGUUACACACGGAGCAGGUUGUUUUUUUGCUGCGGUCCGUGACAUGAUUAUAUGAAAAUUCAUAGCGGUGAAAUAAGUGCCGAUACGGCUUUCAAUCGCACAGUAGUGUACAGCUAACCACGAAAUGUUCGCUUUGCUUCCCUCUUCGAUGCGUUUUGCCGCUUUCCAUUAAGCUAGCUCGCUUUCGUUCGAAACACAAAGCCAAAAAGCAGACCUUGAGAAACGUCAAAAAGGACAACCUAAUUGUGAAUAUCUUGCACGUUUUAUUAAGAAAUAUUUCUCUACAUUUAAUUUCGUCAAAUUUGUCAAGAGCAAACUUCAUGCAAAAAUUAAACAACAUCUAUUUGAUCAAGCGACACCUCAUCAUUACAUACAUAGCUACCAUAAACGUAUAUCGAUACCGAGAAAUGAUCCAUCGAUCUUUCUUACAAUCGCUCCUGCGAUUACGAUCACCACCCGAAUACGAAAGUGAUAAGUGCGCAAGUAAAUGCUUCUAUGAGCGCGCCUGAAUCGUCUACAGUUCUGCUGAUCAGAAAUGAUACAGGUCCUGUACGACAAUGGCGACACAUAAGUAACACCUUUCCGGCGAAGAUUAGCAAAACCUAUUUCAUAGUUUGCCGAGCUUGAUUAAACACAAAAGCUAGCGAAAAAAAUCAGUGACAAACGUAUUAGUCUGAUUACACCCUCUGCCAACAUAAGUAACAAUUUCAAGUAGAAAAACGACCUUUUUUUUUUUUGCGUUGACUACACUUAACGCAGGACAGCGGUCGCGGAAGUCCAAUAAGAAAGCUUCUCGUUCGUCCUUUACGUUUUUCGUGUGACACGAAUCAAGCUAAAUUCUGCUGAAUUGAAUAAUUAUAUAAUAAUAAUAAAUAAAUGAAAAAACAAUACCCUAUGGAACGUCCACACCUUUAAAGUCUAUUAAAUUAUACAUUAAAGAUUGCUUUUGAAGGUUAGGUUUUUACAAACAGAAUUUGAUUCUCUCAGAGCCAGCACUGUCAUACGGAGACAUAGCAUAUGCUAGACUAGAGUGGCCAAUUUCGAUGCCCGUGUACAGAGGUCGAAGGCUACAUCAAUUCGCUAUUUGUUAGCCUUAUAUGUUAGUAUAAUGUUUCGAGGCCUAGGGUAAAAAUAGCAGGUGGAAUCGAGCGGCUUCAAUGUGUAAAACUGAUAGAGAACAUCGUCUAAAAUAGAGGAUUUAUAGUUGUAAGUAGCUCUUGACACAUGAGUGGCAUACAUGGAAAAUUUAUGGAGGAUAAUAAAAGGAACAAUAUUGUAUAAGAGAAAAACGUAUGCAUGUAUACAUACAAAUAGAUGAAGAGAGGCAAAAGAACGUAUAGAUAUAAGAAUGCAGCGACUUCGAAUGAAGAUUUUAAAAAAAAAAGCGUAUUUUCUAUAGUAAAAUCUGUAACAUUACUAUAUAUGCAACAAAUAAUUUUCCUUUGAUCGUACUUGUUCACAACACCGAACAAAAAAACGGUCACGAAUAAAGUAUAGACCCAUCUAAUGGUGAACACGGCGGCGGUCAUUAACGUCGAAAAAAUGAGACGGAACUCAUCAAGAUAAUUAAUGUGAGAAAGAAAAACACGCGGACCCAUUACGAAGCACACGACAAUAAAAAUAACACCAAUUCUAAGAUUACUACACAAUCCUAGUGCUAUACAAUCUGCGUGAAUAAACAAUGAUAUUAUUAAUCUUAAAAAAAAAGAAGAGGUUAAACGGCAUAAUCGGUUACAAAUUACCUAUAAAUAUACGUUGUAUAGCAACCUGUAGUACGUACACUGAAAUCCAUCGAAGCUAUAUAAAAAAUACCCAGAUUUCAGGUGUACACAGCGAAACAUACACACACCCGUAAGCCUAAAUGCACCCAUAUUCCAAUUAGUAAAUAGGCACAACAUUUUUGUGCGUGAUUCUAUUACUAUUACCUUUAUGAUAAAAACGUUGAUGAAGUUGUAAUGAAGCGUUACAAAACAGACUUCGAUAUAGAAACAACGGUGUGUUUGAUUUUGUUCGAUUCUAGAAAUAAAGUGAUAUUUAAUUUAUUGAACGAUUGGCAUCGAGACUCGUUAAGGUCAAUUGACAUCGUAAUAAAAUAGAAGGAAAUAGCGUGAUGCAAAAGAAUUGCCUUUAUUUCUAGUUCGUUGUAGCAUCAACGAGUGUCGUUACUUUCUUGAGCGAUUCAGAAAAAUGAUCAAAAGAAACACGAAUACGAAUCGGACCAUAAGUUGCAGAUUACCCGGCAUAGAUACAUACGAUUGAUGGCAUCAUAAAAAUAACAUUGUCUAGAAAAAUCAAGAACGACAAAAAAGGUGUUUACAGAAUGUACAAACAAUAAAAUAAAUUAUUCGUAAUAAUGGUUACGAUGAUGAUUGAAAAUAUGUAUAGAAAUAAGGUCAACUUCGUAACUUAAUUUUGUGAAAUGUCGACGACUCUAAAAGACGGAGAAUCAAACAAGUAAGUCAUAAACAAAUACAAGUUCAAGUA